AUUGCCAUGUGCUGUGCCCGAUUCGUCACCAUACGGGGUAUCGGCCUAUGUAGGUAUUGCACCUCUCGAUUUCAUCCUUUGACAUACCUUUUUUUUUGGGGUGGGUUUUUCUUAGAGAGAGAAAAAAAAAAGGCUUAUUAUUGGUGCAUGUGUACGUACAGUGCAGUACAGUAUAGUGCAGAUAAACAGACAGUUCGUUUAGUUUUUCUGGUUAUCGCUCGUUUUUUCUUUUUAAUCUAUUUAUUGUCUUAA